AUGCUUACUAGGGCAAGGGCUUCAGGCUUGUGUCAUGGCUGUCGGCAGGACCUUCAAAUCCUGUUCGAAAAUGGGUUCUGUGGCCCGCCUGUCACUCUGAAGAAUCGAGCAACACCGCUACCCCUGCGAUGGCGAAGGACCCUCGCACCGCGCCAACAUCUCAGAUCCUUCUCCAGGAAAUCUACACUUUUCCAACGGCAUUCUCCCCAGGAGUCCGAGCAGACACCCACUCUAUUAGAAAAUGAACAGACAUCUGCAGUUGACGUCAACCCGGAACAACUGGAGGUAUUGCAAGAGUUGGAAAAGGCCUUGGGACGGCCUAUAAAUGAAGCAAUUGACGAAGAUCGAGCUGGGCGUAUGGUCGCAAAAGAUAUUUUUCCAGACGAGCGAAUAGACCUGGACAAUAGGGUCGAUGGUACAAGUGAUCCGCUUGCACGCUUGCGAGCGUCUGGGGCGUCUCCCGAAGAGAUCGUACGCGAAGCGAGGCAGAUAUACGGAGACGGGCUCCCUUCAAUUGCUCUCAGGAAAGAGGAACUGAAGAUGUACAAGCGACUCUACGGGGAUCCUAUUUCAGCCUCUUAUGAAGAGUUCCUCGAUGAGGAAGAGGCAAGUACUGUCGUGGAGAUUCACCACCAGCUCUUGGACCGAGAAGGCGAGCCAAUCGAGUACGAACCAGAGCCGUCCGUCUUUGCCGGAUCAGAAUCCGUCAAAGGAGAGGAAUCUGCCGGGAUUGCCCCCCCAAAGCCUGCUCAAGGAGGGAUUGACCUCGGAAUAGCCGCCCAGAAGGAUCCAACUCUUUCGUUGUCCCUUGAGGAAAGAGCCGCGGAAAUAGCUCGCUUGCUCAACGGCAAGAUUGUCGAAGACGCUGGGCGGGAGCUGGCGGAGGAGGAGCAGGAAGAUGAGAAUGAUGACCGAGAUCCGAGCAUGCGAUACCACCCAUUCACCCAGCUUGGAAAGUUCGCUACUGCGCCUAGCAGCGUCCUCCUCCCCCAAGAACAAUUUGUGCAGCCGGUUCAGAAAAUCAUGAGCAGCUUCUCCAACAAGCAUCUCAAAGAGAUGUGCGAAAAGACUUUUGGAGGACCCGGCCUUCCUGACUCGCCCUUGACCCCAAGAUCAGGACGAUCGAGGCCUCAACUCCCUAUCCCGCUUGAUGCUUCUCAACACUUGAUGGGUGAGAUGGAGGCGAACGCAUUCAUCACGACUAUCAUGCCCCCCACGUACGCUGCCAUCAUGUCCGUCAUCGUUGAGACACGCAAACGACUAGGCACAACAUGGCUGAACAAUCUGUUGGCGAAGGACGGCGGACCGCGUGUCCUUGAUGCCGGUGCAGGCGGUGCAGGGAUCCUCGCUUGGCGAGAGAUCGUCAACGCGCACUGGAACUCGUUGCACUCGUCUGAUCGUGACCCCUUGCCUCCUCCCCCGCCAACGAAAUCUGUUGUCCUGACAGGCUCAGACACACUGAGACAUCGGGCGGCUGCGCUUCUCGAGAAUACAACUUUCAUCCCACGCCUACCCGAUUACGUACAUACCCGCGACUCGCCAACCCUAGAAGACGACCGCCCUGCACAACAGCGAAAACAAUUCGACGUGAUUAUCGCACCACACACGCUAUUCGGAUUGCAAGAAGAUUGGAUGCGAAAGCAACUCGUGCAGAAUCUUUGGUCAAUGCUCAGCCCCGAAGGCGGCGUUUUGAUUUUGAUUGAAAAGGGUAUACCGCGCGGCUUUGAAGCAAUAGCUGGCGCGAGGGAAAUGCUUCUUGAGAAAUACAUUGCUGUCCCGGAGGGGCGAACGACAGGGUACAGCAAGAUGCAUGCUGACGCAGAAGACGUCCACACGCGAGAAACUGGUAUGAUUGUUGCACCAUGUACGAAUCAUGAAAAAUGUCCGAUGUAUCACAUCCCUGGUGUCUCAAAGGGUCGGAAGGAUUUUUGCAGUUUCCAGCAACGGUACAUACGCCCCAGCUACCUCCAACGUGUUCUCGGGGCUAAGGAUCGCAACCACGACGACGUAGAUUUCUCCUACAUCUCGGUAAUGAAAGGAGAAGAUCUACGUCAGCGACAAGUCCAAUCCUGGCGAGGGCUGGAGGAUGCCUUUUCUGCCCCUCUCCAUCCGGACCCACAGCUUGCGGCGAAAGAUUAUCAAACCUGGACUCGUCUCUCUCAAAAUGGGUUUGAGGGGGUCCAUCCUGCGACUAAUCUCUCUGAUGCUCCCUCCUCAUUCACCAACACAGACAAAUCUCCUUCGACGCUGCCCUCCCCACACAACCUCCCGCGCAUGGUUUUGUCGCCAAUGAAACGUCGAGGCCAUGUAAUACUCGACGUUUGUACACCAUCGGGGAAGAUUGAGCGCUGGACCGUCCCGAAAUCAUUCUCAAAGCAAGCAUACCGUGACGCGCGAAAGAGCCAAUGGGGCGAUCUGUGGGCUUUGGGCGCUAAAACACGCAUACCCCGGUCAUUGAGACUUGGUGGUGAAGAUACGAAAGAGGCGAAGAAGGCGAGAGGGCGUAAGGAGCGGUUGAAGCAGCAGGCGGAGGAGUUGAUGGAAAAGAUGCACGAAGAGCAACUAGAGGAGAUGGAAGAACAGAAGGAGAUGGAGAGGGCCUUCAGAGAGGGGAAGCUUCCAGAUGAGGACGACUAUGAGUUGGAAGGUCACGAGGCGGUAAGAAGGACGUCUCGACCUGGCCGAAUCAAGCGUGAGAAGUCAUCCAGCGGUGUCGAGAGUUUCACGUUUGAGGAUUUCGACAAGGACGAGAUGAACCCGCCUCUUUUCCCACCAAAGACACGCACUCCGACUCCUAUUUCGACCCAUGUGCCCCAACGCCCUUUGCCAAAGCAAUCAAAAUCUCCUGCGUCAGCAGACGGAGAUGACCAAGGAGACCUUACAGAUGAAGAAUUCCAGACCCUGCGAGAAUGGAAUGAAGAACUUAUGGCAGGAAAGGCUGCAAUCACGACAAAAGGCGAGAGAUCGGUCAGACGAUAUUCCAAGUUCGCGCCAAAGGGCAUGAAGACGGUGGUGAGGAAGAGUGGCAAGGUCAGAUAA